AGCCGGCCUUGGGAUCCCGGGUCGCGGCGCCUCCCGCCUCACCGUGUCGAAUCCAUCUGUCGGGUCCCGAGAGAGCUAACCCGAGUCCGUGCCGGCCGAGCAGGCUGGACUGAGAGAAUCCCCUGAGCUGGUGUUGGGUGCCAAGGCACUGGGGAUCUCACCGGGAGAGAACGGAGGAAGCUAGAGGCCAGUGAGAUGGCAGACGAGGCCUUAGCUGGGCUGGACGAGGGAGCCCUUCGGAAGCUGCUGGAGGUUACAGCGGAUCUGGCAGAGCGGCGGCGCAUCCGCUCAGCCAUCCGGGAGCUGCAGCGGCAGGAGCUGGAGCGAGAGGAGGAGGCCCUGGCAUCCAAGCGCUUCCGUGCAGAGAGGCAGGACAACAAGGAGAACUGGCUGCACUCUCAGCAGCGGGAAGCCGAGCAGCGGGCUGCCCUGGCGCGGUUGGCAGGGCAGCUGGAGUCCAUGAAUGAUGUGGAGGAGUUGACUGCACUGCUGCGAGCUGCUGGUGAGUAUGAGGAACGAAAGCUGAUCCGAGCCGCCAUCCGCCGAGUUCGGGCUCAGGAGAUUGAGGCUGCCACCUUGGCUGGAAGGUUGUACAGCGGGCGUCCCAACAGUGGCUCAAGAGAGGACAGCAAGGGACGGGCAGUGCACAGGCUGGACUGUCAUGAGGUACCAGAGCAAGAGGAACAGGAACAGCAGGCAGAGGUCCCAGAACCAACCCCAACCCCCAAGGGCACCAGCCAGGAUGUGACCACAGUGACACUCCUGCUGCAGGCCCCGCCUGGGGGCACACCCAGCUCAUCUGCCUCACCUGACAGCAGUUCACCCACCACAGCCUCUCCUGAGCCUCCACUGGAGCCUGCUGAGGCCCAGUGCCCUGCAGCCAAGGCUCCAGGCAGUCCUGAGCCACCCCCUAGUCUGCCCGAGACCACAAGCCCUGAGCCCCGGGAGUCACCAGCACCCCCCAGCACUGAGGGGCAAGUGGUCAACAAGCUCCUGCCUGGCUCCACAGAGCCCCCUGCUGUCCAGGGCCCCACCAGAGACCCCUCCAACACAAAGAGAGCAGACUUGGCUGGACCCCGACCCUGCCAACGCUCCCUGUCCGUGCUCAGCCCCCGCCAGCCAGCCCAGAAUCAAGAGUCCACCCCCCUUGCCAGCGGACCUUCCCUGUUCCAGCGGGCUGGCUCUGUUCGGGACCGUGUCCGCAAGUUCACAUCCGAUUCUCCUUUGGCUACCAGGCUCAAGGACAGCCCACCUAGGACCACCUUAGGUCCCCCAACCCCCUCAAGGCUCCUCAGCCCCUCCCUCAUCAGCACCACCCCUGCCUCCUCCUCCUCCAGUGGCUCCUCCUCUAGAGGUCCCAGUGACACCUCCUCCUCCCGGUUCAGCAAGGAGCAAGGAGGAACAGCCCAGCCCCUGGCCCAGCUUCAGAGCUGCCCCCAGGAGGAGGGCCCCAGGGGGCGGGGCUUGGCUGCCAGGCCCCUUGAAAACAGAGCAGGGGGGCCCAUGGCCCGCUCAGAGGAACCCAGUGCCCUGCUGCCCGUGGCCGUGGGCACUGCCGAGCCAGGGGGUAGUAUGAAGACCACAUUCACCAUCGAGAUCAAGGAUGGCCGUGGCCAGGCCUCCACGGGCCGGGUGCUGCUGCCCACAGGCAACCAGAGGGCAGAACUGACACUGGGACUGCGGGCGCCCUCCAACCUCCUCAGCACCAACAGUGGGGGCAAGAGUACCAUCACUCAUGUCAGCAGCCCUGGGAGCCUGGCCCGUCUAGGCAGUGUCACUCACGUCACCAGCUUCAGCCAUGCCUCCCCUGGUAGCCGAGGAGGCUGCAGCAUUAAGAUGGAGCCAGAGCCAGUGCAGCCCCCCUCUGUGGCAGUGGAAGCGGCUAAUGGCACCGAGCAGACCCGGGUGGAAAAAGCACCAGAGGGGCGGAGCUCACUGAGCGCCGAGGAGCUGAUGGCUAUCGAGGAUGAAGGCGUCCUGGACAAGAUGCUGGAUCAAACCACAGACUUUGAGGAGCGGAAGCUCAUCCGGUCAGCACUGCGUGAGCUCCGACAAAGAAAGAGAGACCAGCGGGACAAGGAGCGGGAACGGCGGCUGCAGGAGGCACGGGCCCGGCCAGGGGAGGGCCGCAGCAAAAUGGCCACCGAGACCACCACGCGGCACAGCCAGCGGGCAGCUGAUGGUUCAGCUGUCAGCACUGUUACCAAGACUGAGCGGCUCGUCCACUCCAAUGAUGGCACACGGACGGCCCGCACCACCACAGUGGAGUCAAGUUUCAUGAGGCGAUCGGAGAAUGGCAGCGGCAGCACCAUGGUGCAAACCAAGACUGUUUCCUCCUCAUCAUCAUCCAAGAAAAUGGGCAGUAUCUUCGACCGCGAGGACCAGGCCAGUCCGCGGCCCGGCAGCCUAGCGGCUCUCGAGAAACGCCAGGCAGAGAAGAAGAAAGAGCUGAUGAAGGCGCAGAGUCUGCCCAAAACAUCAGCCUCCCAGGCGCGCAAGGCCAUGAUCGAGAAGCUGGAGAAGGAGGGCGCGGCGGGGUGA